AUGCCGACAAUGCAUCGCCCCGACUUUGAGGCUUUCCGCAAGGAGUCAGAGGCCGACCCUGACAGAGGCACCAAAUACCGCACACUGCCAUUGCUGUUGAACGCGCGAGGCCGCCACCCACCAUCUCAUUUUGCUGCCGCUGAUAUCGAUGCCAUGCACUUGGGCCUGGUCACUAAGGCAAUCGUGCCUAUUUUUCUAAACCAGUACAUCAUGGUCUUGAAUGGCAUAACUGAGAACUUGUUGGAAUAUGGCAAGCUUGUGGGCUGGGAUGAGCAUCCUGACGCAUUUGACUGGAUGACCAAACAAAAAAAAUUCCUUCCAGGGGAGGGCUUGUUGAUCCUGGAGGUCCAGGAGAGACUUUUGACUGCUCUCCUCAAAUGCUGCUUGCAGCUUCUCCGGGAGAAACCACCACUCAAGCCUGAAAGCGAGAUUACUGGAUUUGAGUCUCUAGGAAUCAUGGCGGCAGAGGCUCCCUAUCGUGUGCCAGCGGAACUUGACCUUCGACUUAUUGAGUCACUACUCGCCGCGAGGGCAUCUGCUGCGGAAGAUCAUCUUUGGGCUUUGCGAGAGGAUCCUGAUUACUUUUCCAGGGCUGUCCUCGAUGCCCAGGACCAUCGGCAGGAAAUGCUGAAGGAUACUAGGGGCAUGAGUCACCCGCUAUUCAAUCGCGGCGAGCGAGAUGUUCUUUGGGCGCGCGUAAUCGGGUCUGUGGUCUUGGACGCAUACAUCGGGCUUGAGAUCUUCACGGAACUCAGCAGCCAAGCCAAAAAGCUGGCGUCAAUGCAGAAGAAAUAUUCUUGGGUACCCCCGAAUUGUUUUCUCGAAGUUGAUGACGUGCUGGAAGACUGGGCGUGGCGUGAGAAAUUCGAUUUGAUCCAUAUACGUACAAUGACAGGGGCUUUCAGUGAAGCUGAAUGGGAAUCUCUCUACAAGACAUGCUACGACAACCUACGCCCAGGUGGAUGGAUCAAACAACUAGAAUACCAUCCUCUCGCUGAGACUGGCAACGAAAGCUUGGCAUCCGACAACAUCAUCAAGGAAUGGGGCCUGAAUAUCCUGGAUUGUGCUAAAAGGGCAGGUCGAACCUUCUACAUCAUCGACACUAUGGUACCACGUGUCCACCAUGUCGGAUUCGUGAACAUUCAUCAGAAGAAUUAUAAGAUACCGGUUGGACCAUGGGCCAGGGAACGACAGUUCAAGGACGCAGGUAUGGUGAGCCUUCAGCGCUGGAUGGGUGGAAUGGCAGGAUGGAGUAUGCGGUUGUUUACUAAAUUUGGAGCCCCGUAUCCAUGGAGCAAGGAGGAAGUCCAAGUUUAUGUGGCCAAGUCAUCAUAUAUGGCACCGGGGACGGAGGAUAUGGGCACAGAAGCCAACUGUUUAGGUGUAAGGGAAUGA